GCAUGUCAUAGUUUCUCUAAUCAAUUAAUAUAACCUAUAAAAUGUUUUUCAGUUUUAUAAAAAAUUAAUAGUACCUACAAACAAAAAAGAUAAUUAAAUUGAUCACAUAUAAUAGAUACCUUAAGAAAAUGAUAUGGUUUUCAUAAUUUAUUGAAAUUUACAGGUAGUAUUUUUAUUAAAUAGACUAAAAUGGACUCGAUUUGGUUCAAACCUGAAUUAGCUGAUGAAAUAAUAAAAUCUAAUGAUAUAUUUGAAGAAACACACAGUAUUGUUGCAGAUAUGAUAUCAGGGCAUAUUGAUAUUACCCACCUUGUUGAGAACAUGGCAGGAGUUUUAACAAACAUAGAAGCAGAAAACAGAGAAAAAGGAAUGAGGUUUUUCACAAAAUUGUUAAAAGAACUUCCAAUGGAUUAUUUGUCCGAGGCACAGAUAAAAUUUAUAGCCAAAUUUUACACAGAUAGGCUCAAAGAUAAUCAUAGAAUUAUUCCAUCUGUGUUAGAAGGAUAUCUAGUUAUAAUUGAAAUGAAACAUUACAAUAUGAAUAAUACAGGAGAAUUUUUGACCAUGCUCUUCAGAGAGGUCCCCUGUCAGUCACAAGUGAGACAAGACAGAUUUAACAUAUAUUUAAUAAUACAAAAGUUAAUGGAGAAGGAUCUGGAUUAUAUGAAAGUCUUGGGACCAGAUUUUGUUUAUGGCAUCAUUUCUGCCAUGGAUGGUGAAAGAGAUCCACGCAACUUGAUGUUUCUAUUUACAUUUCUACCAUACUUUUUAAAGCAUGUACCACUCGGACAUUUAGUAGAGGAAAUGUUUGAUGUAAUAUCUUGUUAUUAUCCAAUUGAUUUUUACCCAUCUCCUGAUGACCCAGCUGCAGUAACACGACAGGAUCUAGCUUCAGCAUUAGCACCAUGCUUAUGUGCUGUACCUGAAUUUGCAGAGCACUGUUUAAUAUUAUUAGUAGAAAAGCUGGAUUCCAGCUUAAGGUUGGCAAAAAUUGAUUCUUUGAAGUUAUUGGCGGAAAGCUGUAAAACAUUUAAGGCAGAGAGUUAUGGACCUUUUCUGAAAACUUUAUGGUCAUCAAUUAAUAGAGAAAUAUCUCACAAAACUGAUGAUGAACUCAAAAUGGCAGCUCACGAAGCUUUGUCAGCUUUAGUUGCUAAUUUGGCGACAACAACAAACACAGAUCAAGCAUUUGAAAAUUUUACUAAAGGAAUCCUAAUUUCUAUGCAAACUGCUGUGGCUGAAGCAACUACAGUUGCACAUUUUGUUCAAGCAACUAAGGUGCUAUUAACUGUUGCAAAUGCUUCUAAAGAAUCUUGCAUUAUCAUCACAAAGUCUAUGAUACCAGCUACAGUAGCAUAUUAUGGAUUUAAAACAUCUUCUAAAUUGCAAAUUGCAAGUUUAGAUUUCUUAGGUGAUUUAUAUGGUCUAGCUAAACAUUGGCAAAUAUUAGAAGAAUUGCAUAUUCAAAUAAGUGAGAUUCCCCAAUUGUGUCUCACUGCAGUCAGUCAGCAGUCAAAGGACUAUCAGAUAGCUGGUUUCAAAAAUUUAAUAAUAGUAAAAAAUGUUUUACCAAGUGACCUUGUGUUACCAUUUGUGGAAAUUCUAAUAUAUAAUAUACAACAUUCCCAAGAUAAUGACUUACUUGGUGUUAGUGUUGAAACAAUUCAUGCUAUAGCAAGAAAAUAUCCAGAGCUUAUUAUGAAUAUCGUAGUUAAAGGCAAAUGUGAUUUAAAUAAUUUGACACAAGAUAAGACAGCUUUACAGAAACGUUUAAAUUUGUUAUCAAAUUUAGCCAGUAUUGAUGAUUUUACUAAAGUCAUUAUUGAAGAGAUGCUGAAAAUUAUAAACGCUAAUGAUGUGGAAGCUUCCAAAGUAGUUGAAGCAUUAAAUGAAUGUAUAUCAAAUAAUAGUUUAUAUUCAGAUAAAAAAGUAAAUCAAAUUGAGAGUGACCAUGGUCUUGUUGAUUCUAUACUAGUUUGGAUAUUAAAAGAGAUUGAAGGACCCCUGGAAUCUUUGAUACAUGGUUUUACGUUAAUAUCUAAUACAAUAUGUAGUUUACCAAGUGAGAAGCAAUUGAUAAUAUUAACAAAGCAUGCUCCAGAUAUAAUAGAGAGAUGUAAAGAACGUGAAGUAUAUUAUCUUGUAUUGGAAUGUUUAUAUACUCCUAUCAAUCAGGAUAUAUAUAAUUCUAAAUUUGAAGACAUUAUACGUCUUUCUCUAAAUUUGUCCUUGCAUAGUGAUAAUGAAUUAGUAAGAACAAGGUCUUGUGUCUUGAUUGCACAUUUUCUUAAUAAGGCGGAGUAUGGACAAAAGUUUGAACUCCUCUAUGAAUUGUUAAAGAGUUAUCUAACUACUUGCAGUAGAGAUGAUAUGGAAUUAUGUCCAAGACUGAUUAUACUGUAUGGUUGGGUCACAAAAUCUUUGAUUAUGAGAGGCAGUGAUUUAUUCCUUUUCUGGUUACAAAAGAUAAUGGUGACAAUGUCUAGUCCAGUGUAUUGUAAAGAGAGUUCAAAAGCUAUUCAGCUUAUUAUGACUGAUCACACAGAGUAUUUGAACCAAAAAUACCAUUGUAGAACGAGUCUCUUGUACAAACAGAGAAUGUUCCAGAGUUUUUCAACCCUCACUGAGAAACUAGGCACUUUAAAUGAGAGCACAAAAGAACAUUACUUAUUAAGUUGGGCUUAUGUACUUGAAAAAGUGCCAAAAAGUGUACUUAACAAUGAAGCAACAAGGAUUGUGCCUAUAGUAAUAGAUUCUUUGGAGUACGACAAUAAAGACUUGUUAAUUGUUAUGAUAGAUGUGUUGUGCCACAUUGUAUUAGGAAAACAUUACCUUGUGGCAGACAGUUUACAGACUAUAUUACCACGGCUGGUGAAUCUAUCUAAAUAUGUAAAAUCUAUGGACGUCCGAAUAAAAAGCCUGCAGUGUCUGUACGACAUAGCCAAUUCGUACCGUACAAUGCUGCUUCUUCCACAUAAACAGGAUAUAUUACUCGAUUUAGCGCCAUCUCUCGACGAUAAGAAGAGGUUGGUACGCAAUAUGGCGGUACGAGCACGGACACGUUGGUUCCUAAUUGGCGCCCCUGGCGAAAUGAAAGAAGACUAAAUCGGUUUUAAUCGCUUAUUUCUAUACAAAUAGAAAAUUAAAAUGCAAAUGUACAGUUAUGUUUGAAAUUAUAAUUUUUAAGUUAUUUUAAUCUAUGUUUAGACGACACGUAUUAGCUUUUAGAACUGACAUUAUUUUUUCCUGUUAUAGGUACAUAGUUGUUAAUAUGCUAGCACGCAUUAUGAACAUGCCCCUCAAACUUUACUUCUUUUUUAUAUAGUUUCAAUUGUCUUAGUUUCCUUCCACUCAAAUUCAACAAAAUUUUUCUUGUAAUUAUUCAUUCUUUUUUUCUGUCUUUAUGAAACUAUUCCCAAACAAUGAAUGAGGCGAAAUAUGAAAAUAACUUUUCUAAUUAAAUUUUUAUUUGGAAUCCAUUGUCCGAAACAUUAAAUUGAUCUGAUCUGAAUCUUCUAUAAUUCUUAUAUAUGUUUAGUUAAGACAUAGUUAAUGUAUCAUUAUAUAAUUUUAUAAGCCAAAAAUAUAGUGUUGCUAUUUUAUAUUAUUUUAAUUGAAACUAAUUGAUGUAAAUUUCGGUGCUUUUUGUAAAUUGUACAAUAAAAUUGUAAACUAUUUUAA